UCAUUAUUGGAGAAAACAAUUACAGCAAAUCCAGCAAACAACCUUUCCAAUUUCGGCCAUUGAAGUCCAACGAAGGGACUAGAGGCUGUCAACAUGGUUGCAACAACCAGACUAUACGUGAGAGCGGUGUUCACAGGCUACAAGCGUGGUCUCCGCAACCAACAUGAGAACACUGCCCUGCUGAGAAUCGAGGGCGUGGAGAACCGCAAAGAUGCGGACUGGUACCUGGGCAAAUGGUGCGCCUACGUCUACAAGGCGAAGAACAAGAAGAGGCCAGCUGGCUACACAAAGGCCACCAAGACACGAAUCAUCUGGGGCAAGGUCGCCCGACCCCAUGGGAAGAGUGGUGCCGUCAGGGCCAAGUUCAAGGCCAACCUUCCCCCUCAGGCUAUGGGCAAGAGAAUCAGAGUGUUGAUGUACCCAUCUCGCGUCUGAAGAUGUUUGCCAACAUAAGGACAAGCCUAGAGUAAAGGACAUUAUGGUUGUUAAUAAAUAAAUGCAAGGACAAAAGUAAAAAAUCAAAACAA